UUGGCAUAUAAUCGGACACACCACCUCCCAUGUUUUAUCAAACGGAACACAAAUUUAGAAAAUAAUAUUUAUUUUUUUAGAUGAAAAUAUGAUUUUAUUAGAAAUAAAUAACAGAGUCGUCGAAGAAACGUUGACGGUGAAAAUUAAAAACGCUCAGGCGGGCUUAAAAAAUGAGAGCAUAGACGUUACAGUAGCAGAUUUCGACGGUGUUUUAUAUCACAUUUCUAAUCUAAAUGGAGAUAAGUCUAAGAUUAGGAUUAGUAUAUCUCUAAAAUUUUAUAAGCAAUUGCAAGAGCAUGGUGCUGAUGAGUUGUUGAAAAGGGUGUAUGGCCCUUUUUUAAUAUCGGCUGAGAAUGGGUAUAAUGUUUCACUUCUUUUGGAUUUGGAGAACAUUCCACAAGAUUGGCCUGAAGUUGUGAAAAAAAUAGGACUUCUUAAAAGGAACUGCUUUGCUUCUGUGUUUGAAAAGUACUUCAAUUUUCAAGAAGCAGGGGAUGAAGGCCAAAAGAGGGCUGUUAUUCAUUACAGGGAUGAUGAAACUCUGUAUGUUGAAGCAAAGGCAGAUAGAGUCACAGUAGUGUUCUCUACAAGAUUUCGUGAUGAAGACGAUGUGGUGAUAGGCAAGGUAUUCAUGCAGGAACUCAAGGAAGGUCUAAGAGCCUCCCAUACUGCUCCACCAGUACUUUUCAGCCACAGAGAACCCCCUUUAGAACUUCAAGAUACAGAUGCCAAAGUAGAUAAUAAUGUUGGUUAUGUGACAUUUGUUUUAUUUCCUAGACACACGGCCCGAAAUACAAGGGACAAUACCAUAAAUUUGAUUCACAUGUUUAGGCAUUACCUACAUUACCAUAUAAAAUGUUCCAAAGCUUACAUUCACAGUAGGAUGAGAGCAAAGACUUCGGAGUUUUUGAAAGUACUGAAUCGAGCUCGGCCAGAAAAUAAAUCUACAGAUAAGAAAACUAUUACGGGAAGGACAUUUAUUAGAAGAGAUUAAUUGUCAAGAGAUAGCAAAACAUUCUCCACACAUCCUGGAAACUUAUAAUAACUGCCAAUGUGUUUUUAGCAUAAUAAAGUUUAUUUUUUAUCAAUUCUGGGUUUCCAGAUAUGAUUUCAGGUUCUAGAGUCAUGACACACAAGUGCUUGUUUGUCUCGGUUUUAUAAUGUCUAUUACAUAUGUGUGAUCUAUUGUCUUCAUCUAGUUUUGUCUGGGACACAGAGUUCAUAUGUAUUAAGGUAUCAUCAAAACUGGAUGUCUAUUACUUUGUCAUACAUACUUAGCUGCAAUAAUUUAUUUAAUUAAUCAUGUUAAUAUUAUUUUUAAUACCAGUAUUUGUUUUGAUUUCUGUUAAAAAUGUUCAAAAAACUAGCUAUUGAAGUUGGAGACAAAAAUUAGUGUUUUAGUAGGGCAUAAUAUGAUUAAAAUGUUAGUAUCUAAAAAUCGAAUUAUGUGUACAUAAAGUUAAGUCUUACAUCAGUGCGCUUCCUAAGAAACAGUUCUAGCACUAACAGUUUGUAAAUUUACUAUAUUGUAUAUUUUUUUCACCGCUUUGAUUUUUUUGUAAAUUUAUGAUGCAUAAUUUUAGACAUGUAUUUAAUAGCUAUUUCCUCGGAACAAAAAUAUCAGGAGGACAACGUUGUACUUUUAAAAGCCACCUUGAAAUAAUGUGUUUGAAUUUGGUUUAAGUAAUUGUCUUUUCCAUCUUCUCCAAUUAUAAAUUUUAUUUUUGAAACAGUUUUUAAUCUUUUUUUUAUCAAG